GAAGGACAAAGUGACUUCUGCUAAGUUUGAGUUGGUCAACGGCUUGCUGUUCCUUGAGAAGGCUGGGAAUAAACGUUUGUAUGUACCGAAUACAGAGUCUUUGCGCAGUUUAUUUUUAGGAGAGUGUCAUGACGCCACCGACCAUUUUGAUUUCAAGAAGACUACAACCAAUUUGUUGCAGCGGUUCUAGUGGCCCACGAUGAUGAGAGACGCGAAGCUGUACAUGGAAACUUGUCAGGUCUGUCAGAGGGACAAGCCACGUACACAGGCUCCUCUUGGGCUUUUGAAGCCCCUUCCAAUUCCGGAAAGGCCUGGUGAGAGCCUGUCCAUGGAUUUCAUGGAUACGUUGGUCACCAACAAGAGUGGAAUGUGCUACGUCUAUGUCAUUGUGGAUAGAUUUAGUAAGUACGCUAGGUUAGUCGCAAUGCCUGCAACAGCUAAGACCGAAUACGUAAUUAAGUUGUUCAAAGAGAACUGGGUCAGAGAUUUUGGACUGCCAAAAUCUACAGUCAGUGACCGUGAUGUGCGGUUCACAAGUCAGCUGUGGAAAGCCGCAGCUGCAGAACAGGGAACGCAGCUGCAGAUGACAUCAGGAAACCAUCCUGAGGCGAAUAGGCAAGCAAAACAAUUGAACCGCGCUGUACAACACCUGCUGAGGCAUUACAUCGAGCCAAUUCAGGUAGACUGGGAUGAGAAACUUGCUCUCAUCGCCAGCCUGUACAACAACGCGGUGCACAGCGCAACGGGCGUGAGCCCGAAUAUUCUGCUAUUAACCUUUAAGCCUAGACUGCCCUUGCAUUUCUUACUACCUGAGAACCAGCACUCUACUGCACCAGGGACCUUAGAGUUUGCUUAUCGAUUUGAGCAGCUGAUGCAGCAGGCUGUUGAACAGAUGCACAAGGCACAAGCGGCGAUGAUAGAGUAUGAGAACAAACACCGCCGCACAUCCACAUUUCAGGUAGGAGAGAGAGUCUGGGUCAAGUCCUCAGAACUGGGACAGGAGCACGGGAUCUCCCGCAAGCUCAUGCCGCAGUACUUUGGGCCAUGGGAGAUUCUAGAUGUUGUUGGGGAUGAACCCGAUGGCCCUUCUUAUGUUAUUCGCAUCCCUCGUCACCUACGCACUUACCCGAUUUUCCAUGCUUCUAAGCUUGCACUUUUUGAAGAAACAGAUCAGUUUCCCUCUCGUCGCUCGAUGCUGCCCCCAACCAUGGAUGGAGAGGUCGACAUCGAUGACAUUGUUGACCAUUGGGAAAUGCCAGUUCCAAGACCGACAGGCAGGGGACGUCCUCCAAAACUGAAGCUGCAGUACAGGGUUCGGUUCAGACAUCACACUGAUCCAAAGGAGGACCGCUGGUUUACCAGGGAGGAACUGAUGCAGACCGCUCCACAGGUUGUCGCCCAUUAUGAGAAGUCUCUACAGAAAGGAAAGCGCCAGAUUAUCAAAGACUGAACUUCUCAGAGGACUAGCGAAGUAUCGAGGAGGAAAUGUGAGGCACAAGGCCUCAAUAAGCCCUACUUGGCCCCUAUUCGCAACAACGU